CUAUGGAAUGGAAUGCUAUAGUGGCAUUGAGGUGCACGACUUCAUAACGGCUGUUCUGCCAACCGACGACGGUAUAAGCAGCGUGAACGACGAUCCGAUGAGCACUGAAGGCUGUUCCGCACCCGCCGCCGCUACGGUCUCACCGAUGGCGCUCUCAACAGCAGGUGUCACGUCGAAUACCACCACUGCGACCGCAACAUCAGUAGCCGACUCUAGCGCCGCCCCUGCGCCCUCUCGACCCGAUGCCAAUCAGAUGGACCUAGCAAGUCUCUUUGAGUGUCCGGUGUGCACAGAUUUUGCUCUGCCGCCCAUCCUCCAGUGUCAGAGUGGUCAUAUUGUCUGCGCCACCUGUCGUGCCAAGCUCUCUUCCUGUCCCACUUGUCGCGGCACUCUAGAAAAUAUCCGCAACUUAGCAUUAGAGAAGUUGGCGGCCAGUGUACUCUUCCCCUGCAAGUACUCCGUCACAGGCUGUACUGGAACCUUUCACCACUCAGCGAAGGCUGAGCACGAGGCCGUUUGUGAAUACAGGUAG